GGUGGCCGCAGCCUGGGGAAGGUCGGGGUGAAGCUGAUGAGGGGGUCCGGAGGUGGAGACCCCCGUCCAGAAACCAGAUUAGCACUGUACGUAUAUGAAUAUCUGCUCCAUGUAGGAGCACAGAAAUCAGCCCAGACGUUUUUAUCAGAGAUAAGAUGGGAAAAAAACAUCACGCUUGGGGAGCCCCCAGGAUUCUUGCAUUCCUGGUGGUGUGUAUUUUGGGAUCUCUACUGUGCAGCUCCAGAAAGACGAGAAACAUGUGAACAUUCAAGUGAAGCAAAAGCCUUUCAUGACUAUAGUGCUGCAGCAGCUCCCAGUCCAGUGCUAGGAAACAUUCCCCCAGGAGAUGGCAUGCCAGUAGGUCCUGUACCACCGGGGUUUUUUCAGCCUUUCAUGUCCCCUCGGUACCCUGGAGGGCCAAGGCCACCUUUAAGAAUACCCAAUCAGGCACUCGGAGGUGUUCCAGGAAGUCAGCCAUUAUUGCCUAGCGGGAUGGACCCAACACGGCAGCAAGGGCAUCCAAACAUGGGUGGGCCAAUGCAGAGAAUGACUCCUCCAAGAGGAAUGGUUCCAUUAGGACCACAGUCUGACCCUUGGUUAUCAUUGCAGAACUAUGGAGGUGCAAUGAGACCCCCACUGAAUGCUUUAGGUGGCCCGGGGAUGCCUGGAAUGAACAUGGGUCCUGGGGGUGGUAGACCUUGGCCAAAUCCAACUAAUGCCAAUUCUAUACCUUAUUCUUCAGCAUCCCCUGGGAACUAUGUAGGACCUCCGGGAGGUGGAGGGCCACCAGGAACACCUAUCAUGCCUAGUCCUGCAGAUUCAACCAACUCUGGAGACAACAUGUACACUUUAAUGAAUGCAGUACCACCUGGACCCAACAGACCUAAUUUUCCAAUGGGGCCAGGGUCAGAUGGACCUAUGAGUGGACUGGGUGGAAUGGAUUCACAUCAUAUGAAUGGAUCAUUAGGCUCAGGAGACAUGGACAGUAUUUCCAAAAACUCUCCCAGUAAUAUGAGCAUGAGUAAUCAGCCUGGCACUCCCAGGGAUGACGGUGAGAUGGGUGGAAACUUCCUAAAUCCUUUUCAGAGUGAGAGUUACUCCCCUAGCAUGACAAUGAGUGUGUGAUCCGUUAACAAGUCUCGCCAUGAAGACCACAGUGAGUUGGCCCUCUUCAGAGAGCUACUGCAGAAGAAAAUUAUUCGUCCCAGUGUACAGUUUAACAAAAGGAUCUCAGACACAAUCAGACCCGCCAUUUUUUUUUUCUACCAUCUCCCCUGUUUUGUCAAGAAAGUGGGUCCCAAACAUGAUUGAGACAGCUUAAAGAGUGGCGUAACAGAACUGCCCAAGAUGGAACUGCAAACAAUUGUCUGUGUAUGUACAUGUGUGGGUUAAUGUAUAUGUACGUGUGUGUGAUAUAGAAAUGCACACAUACAUAUAUAGACCUGCAGGACAUUGUAAAAUACUAUCACAUGACAUCUUAAGUAGAAAUGAGAAGUAGGGACUUUUAUUCCAUCUUUCUUUUUUUUUUUUUUUUUCACGUUUACAUUUUAAUUAUUAAAAUUUGCUUUCCCUCUCCCCCCCUGAACUGUUUUAUGUUGCAUAUAUCACUGCUUAUAAGUUAUUUUUUAAGGUGAACUCAAAUGAUAAAUUCUUCUGAUUUUGUAAAUGUCUGCCAUUACAGAUAGGAAUAAAAUUGCUUAUAAGAGCUUUCAUUAACUUGUGUUUGAUACCAGUUACCCUGUGAAUCACAAACUGUACUGUCUCAAGAAAUAGAAGAAAGCUCAUCUUAAUUUUUUGGAGAAAUUUAAUAAUUUUCACCUAGUUUGGUGAUUUUUUUUUUUUAUACUUUACCUUUAAAAAAAAGAAGCACUGAAGGUUAUUUUUCUUCUUUAAUUGAAGCCUAAUAUCUGCAAUAUCUAUUUUAAAUGGAAGCCUGAAUUUGAUACAAGCUUCUCAGUUUAUAUAGAGUAUUAUAAGGUUACUGUAAGCGAGCUCCAAUUGCUAUAGAAUCUAGCAAUAAAAUGUCAGGGCUUCUUCUGCCCUUGGAAUGAGUUUUCUAUUUAGCAUGAUUUUCCGUAGGGCUCGUAGUUAGUGGAAAUACAGUAGAUUCCUUAUCACAAAAAUAUCUUCUAAUAAUUUACUAUUAUUUUUCCCAUUUUCAGUGAUUCUCAGCUGAAUCACAACAAUCCACAGCCCUAAUUCUAAACAGUAUUUCCCAAGCCCAGUCAGAAAAUCAGGUCACCCUGAUACUUGAGUGUGUAUUUUUCACCACGUCUACCAGAAUUAAUUCCCCCAAAACUUUCCAGUAAGAAGCUUUGGGGGUUUUUUUUUAGCCAAAAUGAUGGAGUAAACUUUUUAUGACUACUGACCUUGUGAGGGUCUUACCUUUUGCCAUGAACAGAAGAGAAACAAAGAUCUGAGCCAUUUCAUAAGAAGGUCAGGUUGUUAGACAUGAAAGCUGAGGAUAGAGUGGAGAAAAGACAUAUGGUCUUAAAGGAAAUGCUUCUGGGGGCAAUCCCAUGUCUCUUCAGGCAAAACUUAAAAACCAUUAUGGUACAUUUAGUUCCUAAUGACUUCCAGCUCCCCCAGGAAAACAGAAGUUUACAGUUGUGUGGUGAUCAAAAGGUUGAUGAUCGGCAAUGCAGGCACAAAAUGGCUGAACAAAAAAUCACAUCACAGGCAAAACGCAAAGUCCCCUUGUUGGACUUUGCAUGUAGAACCACUUACAUAGGAGGAGCGGUUCUGAGAUGUAGUAUGUCCGUGAAGUCUUGCAAGAUUUUUAGCAUGAACUUGUGAUAAAGAACAUUAUGUAAUCGGCUCCUUGUGAUGGUAGAUACACAUAAUGGGAUGUGUAAGGAAUAAUACAGUCUCCUAGCCCAUUUUUAUUUACAUAUAUUAUAUAUAUAAUAUUUCAUAUAUAGUAUAUGAAAAUAAAAAGGUGUCACUUUUUACUCUCUUGUUAAGGCUAUUAAAAGAUAAAACUCUUAGAGGCUUAAAACUAUGUUAAAAUAUCAAAGAUUUUGGUAGCAUUAAUUUUAGUAAUAAUAACUACUUUGAUUAGUUGUAAACAUAUACUAGAUAGUCAUUAUCUGGUUUGUGGACUUUACUCCCAGUGAUUAUGAAGGUUAUAUUAAUUUGCAUAUCUUUGGAAAAUACUUUGUGGCUGUCUCAAAAGAUGCAAGAAGCCCCUACUAUUGAUUUGGGUAAACAAAACUACAAAAUCAGAUAUAAUUUCCUCAGACCCUUUGCUGUUGUCACUAAUACCACUGGUUUCAGUGGCUAUGCCCCCAGUGCACCACAGCUUCUGCCAUAGGCACUGCAGAGUCCAUCCUUGCAGCCUGCAUUCGACAUCUAUAUUAUCCUCGGUAGCCUUCUAAGAAAGACUUUAGGACUCUUUUCUGCUCACUUUCAAUCAGAUGAUGUCACUACUGCUGGACUAAGAUAAAUAGGUAUGUCUGGAUUAUUCAUCAGGUGCCAAAGCCCACUCAUGCACCAGGUAAGCGUGCCUUCGAGUGAGCUCUUAAGAUGAGAUGUUGGAUGCAUGUGGGGUCUGUUCUGUAUCUCCAGGGGUACCCCCUGUACUGUCCCACACCAACCCGGGGCUGCUGCAGGCAAGCAGUGUGUCCAGUGACCACGCGACAGCUGCCUGUGGUGGCACCACUGAGGGCUCUCCUACAAGACAGAGUACAUGCUGCUGCUGAAGAUCCAUACCGUGGCAGAAUUAAGCAGAAUUGCGAUUUAGUAUUAAUCAGAGACUCAAUAUUUUUUUUGUUUCUGAAUUUGGCAUUAUCUGCAAUAUUUUAGGUUAUAGGUACCUGUUAAGGAUGAAAGUCUGACCAUUAAAUUAAACUUGUGCAAAGAAACACCUUAAAUAUCAUUAUCAAAAUACAUUAUCCUAAUUUAUAUACAAGAGCAUGACGUCCUUUCAGGGACAUAACUUUUCUUCUGUAGUUCUUUCAAACUCCCUUCUAUACAAUUUUUCUCACUGCUAGUAUAUCUUUGUUUCCAUUUCUUUUCCAAAACAUCAAUAUCAUUAAAUGUUGUUGCAUUGAUCCUGCAGCAUUAAUCUCAAUAAAUACAUUCCUGACUUCAAAAUGAACAUCAGGCCCUGCUUUUGUAGCCUGUCAUUUUGUGCCCUGAUAUUGCAAGUUACUAGGUAUGUCCAGCACUUCUCAAACAUAGCCCCACAGACAGGUGGAAUAAAAAAUGUGCAAGCUUGGAAAUUCUAGAUUUGGAAGAUCUGCUUGAAUACUUACCACAUAUCUUAGUGUUAGAUUUUUAAUCAUCUUGCUUUCUGUAGGGAAUGCUUACAUCCCUAUGCCUACAUACAUGUGUAAAGUUACUCAGGCAUUGUAAGAUCAGGUGAUGAUAACCAUACAUAGGUUCUGCAGCUGAACCAUUAGAAAACAGUCUCACGUGCUAAAUACUCAACUUUAAAAUUAUUAGUGUCCCUUUGCGUUUGUUUGGGUUUUGGGGUUUUUUUCAAAUAUGCAUAGAGCUUUUAGAUUGUUCAUUUUUUCUUGCUUUUGCUUAUAAAUCCUUGUAGGAUUUUCAUCAUAUCUAGAGUAUUAAUGUGGAGAGAAAGACUGUUUCCAAGCACUGACUCUUCACUCCCGCUUAUGCUUCUAAUGCGCUAGAUAUCAGUGUGUAAUGUAACUGCUGUUUAUAUCUGUCCUUACGUAACAGCAGUAUUGAUAAGGUCAGAACUUGUCCAGCUCCGAGAGGAAUUUCAUUUUUAUUUUAAGUGGUGCACUUAAGUUUUUCCACACUGGGUUUUUAGUUAGAUUUCUCUCUUUAAUAUAGAAAUAAACAGAAUAAAUGGAUCUUUCAGGCAAGGUUAAAGUAAAGCUUUUUAAAAACAGAAAUUAUAAGAUCUUAGAGAAAUAGGGAGUGAUAGAUCUCUCAUACUAGGAGAACUCUGGCAAAUAUUCUGGUCUUGUAGGAAUCGGCCAAAAUUGGGAUUGACUUGUGAUUUUUCACAGUGAGACCAGUAUUUUUAACCUCCUGCUUACACCUGUGAAAAGGAGUAUUUCUAUUCAGAUUUUAUCUCCAUGUCCAAAUUUUGUAUAGGCAAGAACAGGGUUUAGGGCAAGAAAGAAACUGUGAAUCACAUGUAAAGCAUGUGGCCUGACAUGCAUUUAAAAAAUACCUAGAUAUUUGCAUGUAUGGGUUGCAUUAUUUUCUUAAUUGCCUGUGCAUGAGGAAGAACUGCAGUUGUACUCCAUGUUCCCUCCCUCCACUGUAGAGUGAGCUUGGUGCAUGUAAAGAACAUGGCAAUAACCUUGAGUCAAGACUUGGCCACACAGUAUGCUGUCCAGUGACAUAAAAGUGCCUCAGCUUGGCUCAGAGGCAUCUCAGAGUGACAGUGCCCAGAUCAGAGUGCCACCCAUCGGACUGUGGCUGAGGCCACAUUUACUGAUUUUAUUUGGGAGCUUUCUGGUUGCAUAGCCCAGACCACCAGUGGGUCACGUAUUCAGAGACAGUAGCAACUUUCAGACUUCCCAGUCUGCUCCACUUAAUUUGGAUUAAAUGCCCCAUGCUCCAAGACAUCCAGCUGUUGCUUUCUCUUGAAGUGGGAAUAAGCAGUGAGAAAUACAUGGGCUAGUUAUUUAUUUUAAUAAUUCAAAUUAGGAAGAAGUGAACAGAUUCUUGCUUCUUUAUAGAUAGCAAUUCAUGUGUGUGAAGGACAGCUUCUUGAACUGUCUAAAAAUCAUUUUAAUUUUCCCUUGUUCUGUGGCUAGCAAAUGAAAUAUUGCAUGUACAGAUGAUUUAGAAUUAGAUGGAUAAUUCAGUGAGGGACCAGCUGUUCCAAUAUUCAGUGCUGAACAUUUUAUUCUUUUUUACCCUUUACCAGUCAAAAUGAAUUUUCAACUGAUACAUAUUUCACUGAUUUCUCAGCUUAGUUAGUUAAAUUCAAGUGUUAUCUCCUGUACCUAGUCAGCUCUGAUUCUUUGUGGGUUUUGUGGUUGCUAAAUAUGGACUGGAUUCUUCAGGAUCUGACCCCACACGCUUGCAUUUGGAGAAUGUAAUAUAGAGCUUAACGAUGAAAGAAAAGAAAAAAAAAAAAAAAAAAAAAGGUAAAUUUAUUUUUCUUUAAUUCAUCUUAAGUAAUGAUAUAACCAUGACUUCUGUCCCAAACAUGCUUGGGUUCGGUUAGGCCCUAAGGAUGGGAAUCUUGACAAAGUGCAUCUUUCAGACAAAACCCAAAAAACUCUUUCAACAGUGACAGCUCAUUUCUCUUCAAUCUGAUCACAUUAAGGUUUUAAUUCCGGAUUUAAUGAUACGAAAUAACUGUAGAAGUUCAGUACACUCUGAUAAAUUAUUUAGAUUUAAAUUUGUGUGUGUGCAGCUUCCUCUGCCUACGUUCCAGGCAUUACUGACUCGGUCCUGUAAACUGCUGCUCAUGCCAGUUGUCCUGCUCCAACUUUUAUGAAACCACUCACAUAACAUCAUUUUUUUGGUAGGAUUUCACCCUGAUCUGGGUGAAAUAUAUAAUCUAACUGAGGUGUGACAUUAUUUGGCGGAUAUGUAAACUGAGUAAGUAGAGCAAAAUACAGAGGGUCUGAUGAAAUUACCAAAAUGAUGCUUCAACAUGAAAAACAAGAAAAAAGCCCUUACAUAAAAUAGUGCUUUGACUGCCUGCAUGCAUGCAAAUUGUCUGCCAGUGUUCUUAGAAACAAAUUACAGUAACAAAUUUAGAGAAAAUAAAUGGAUCAUCUACUCAGCAUAUUUAAGCUCUGAUCCUGAAAACUCAUUCACAUUUGUUUGAAAUUAAGCCUGCACCUAGUUAAUUUUAAACAGAUUUAAGAAUACAAGUAGUGUUGUUCCAGACAGUGGGACUGCUAAUGUGCUAAAACCAUGCUUGAGCAUGGACAGCCUAGAAGCUCAAAUUAAGUCUUCCCUAAACAGACAUUAUUUUAAAGAUUUUAGCAAUUCAGGAACAUGUUUGUGUAUCUAGUACUGAUAUGCAGACCAGAUUUGGCUUUCUUCUGUUUCUUAUUUUAUUAGACCAUUGUUCACUAUUCCAUGAACUAUUUCUGUGAACUUAUCCUUCCACCUUGUUUUCAAUUGUACAGCCAUAGUUUCCCUCAACAUAGCUAUCAGCUUUGCAAUUUUAGUCCAAACUUCUAUUUGGUGACUGUUCUCCAUUUAAGCUUAAAAUGUGUAAGAAAGCCUCUCAUGUAAUGGGAAAACUUGCCAUAAAAAUGUACAAAGGUUUUCUUGGGUACAUGUUUUAACAUUUAAUAAAAAUUGCAAUUUUCAGUUAUAAUUUGAAAUGGUCACUUUCUAGCCACUAUUUAAUUCGAUGUGCAAAAGAAAACAAAUUAUUUAUUUGAUUUCAGCAUCAUAAAUACUUGCUGAAAGACAUGUUUUUGGGGAAAUCAGAUCAAAACAAGAUUUACUACCUACUUGAUAUGAAUAAUACAUCUGGACUUUAUGUUGAAAGCUCCUUCCACAUCCCCCAAAGUGGAUUACCUAACAUCUGAUAUGUACGACUUUGUAAGAACCCAAUUCACAAAUAGUCAUUUCAUUUGUCUGUUCUGUGUUUUCACUGUAUCUCAUGGAUGAUUCAGGGUGCCCUUUAGCUGUGCAGGGUUCUGUGGUUGUAUCUCUCAGAAGAGUAGCCGAGUGGUCAAGCAGGCUUGUUCACAGGGUCUGGUAAUUAAGGACUGGAUAAUAUAUCCACCAGGUGCGCGCUCAGAAACACAGUAUUCAUAUGCUACCUCGCUGUUCUCAUGAAAACUUGUACAAUUCUUGCAGUUGGCUCUGGGGCACUCUUAAGAUGUUACAGUGCCGAGACAAUAAGACUUUGCUAAGAGAAAAUUCUGGCAGUUUAGUACCAGUUUUCAUAGGGAAUCAGCACAAAACAUGGGGAUUUUGCAAGGUGAUGCAUUUUCGCAAUACCCUGGUUAUACAAGGAAAUAGACCAUACAGUUUAGAAGUUUGGUCUGUUACAGAGAUAUAUACAGUUCCUCAGAUUAGGAGGGAAUUUUAACAGUAACCAUGACCAAACCUAUAUUUGUCCCUUUAGAGUGAAAUCAUCAGUAAUCACUUCUGAUGUGAAGAAUUAUUGCUAUGGAACAACUGCUCCGAUCCUUGAGGAGCCAUAUUAUCAACUGGAUGAACUGGAUAUUUGUAGGCUUUAUUUUUGUUCUUUAAUCUUCAUGUUUUUUUCUCUUACUUAGAUUUUCCCGUUAAAUGUACUGUGCCAGAUCUUUGCACAAAAAUAAGAGCAAUUUGCCCAAUAAACAUACAGAAAGUUCACAUCUGUAACUAGAGCCCUACUGUAUAAAGUUUAUUUCAUUAGGGACACUUGAGUGUAAUGACAAAUAAGGAGUGAGACAUGGAAGAGUGGCAUGAGCAAAGUGGAAGCUGGCACUUUCUGUUAGUUAAGAAUCAAGUACAUUUUUUUUUUCAGGAAAAAAAGCAUUCAUACAAUAAACUUUUUUGCCUUGUAGUGGCUAUUUGAGAAGUGUGAAUCAAAAUGGUGCCUAUGCUUAGAGACCAAUUGUGAGUGCUUUUUUUUUGUGGCAAGUAUCCCCUUGCAAAAAUGUUGCAGUGAAUCUAUUUUGUGCAUGUUUGCCUAAAACCACAAAAACAGAUUGAUUUUUUUUUAUGGAUUGCUGUACACGCAUCUAGCAACUUGUUUCUGAUGGGGAGAGAAGGAAGAUUUAUAGUGGUUGGGUUACCAUAUUGAUGUGAAUUACUUAAGCAUUGGUAAACUAUUGUCAACUUUGUUCACAUUGCACAAGAUACUCGUGUAGUCUACUGCUGGCAUUAUACCCUCAGUGAUCCAUGCAUAUUCUGUAAAUUCCUGUAGGUUUUGUGUAAGAAACCUUGUCACCAUUGCUUACUACUGUAAAUUCUUGUUUUGAAGCAAGAGGUGGCUUUUGAUUGUACAGCCAUGUGUAUUAUAUACUACAACAGUACUUGUUCUGUCCUCAAACCUUGCUGUUCACAUAUAGUUAAAGCUUUGUUAAGCACGCUUAGUGGUUUCAGAAUUUAUUUCAAACAGCAGAUAUAUAAGCCAUUUACGGGAAUAUUAAAUGUAAUGUAAGAUAAUUCAACCCAGUUCAUAUCCUUUCUGAGAGCUUGGGGUUGGAUUUUAGCAGACAACAGGCAACUGCAGGUUAGCACAUCUCAUGGCUCCGUGCCGCGUGUGCAGUGUGUGCUCUCCCACUGCCGGCACCUGCGAGCCUGAGAGAUCAGACCCUGUGCAGGGAACAGGAGGGAAAGUCUCCCCUCCUGCUGUCCCCUGGCCAGCGCACCUCUCGCAGAGAGACCCGCCAGCCUGCAGGCUUCCUUGCACUAUGUGAGCAAAGACAUACUAGCUUUUUCUCUGGUGUCUUAUUUUUUUCAAAAAACUUCUGCAUCAGUGCCAGGACAGAAACCCAUCUCUAAGGGUAUGGAGUGGGUAAAGCACUGCCUCUGUAUUGUGUCCCUGUCCCCAGCUACCAGAGGCUUUACAUGAGGCAGUGUUUUAAGGAGAAUUUAAUUAUUUGUCUGUUUAUUGAGACAGAAAAAUAAUAUGAAUUCUUGAACUCUGGAUUCUUUUUUUAUUCGUAUUUUAUGAUACACAACAAAGACCUGAAAAUGUAUGUGUGUUCUUUGCUGGUUUCUGACAUCAGAAAUUCAAGUCAUGUCUAGACUGAAACACAAUGAUGGGGAAAGCGAAAAAGCUGGGAAAGUUGAAGGGGAUUCUUAUAUGUAUUGUUUUAAGUUCUGUGUUUUUUUAUUGAUAGUUUUAAAUGUCUAUGUUAAUCUUUGGAAUAAAGGCACUCUUUGUUUGUGACUUUGCACCUUUACAUAAGACUGAGUACUUGUAAUAUAUGUUCCCCACACUUCCAAGCCACCCUGUACAUAAAUUCCCUGCAUUUCUAAGGUAGAAAACCCCCAUGUUUCUACAGAUUACUUCAGCCCAUUGCAGAAACCAACAGGGUAAUACGAGUCCCUUAUUCCCAAGUAUUUGCAGGUCACAUUUAAACAAUUUGGCAAGUGUAUUUUAGACAACGACUUUGAACAUCAUAAAUGGACCCAAUGUUCAAACUCCACUCUUUGGAAGUAAAGAAAACCACAGUAAUUUUCCAAGCCAGCAAGAAUUAAAUUUGUCAAUAUAAAUAUUAGUGUAGAAAAUACCUGCAAAACUUGAUACUGCCUCUGACCUUAAGCAUUAAUAUUGAUAAUAUUGGGGAUCUUGCAAAGGUCAUGUAUUUGAGAAAAGCUAUAUUUCUCCUCAGUGUGUGCUUCAUUAUCUACAGCUACCACAAAGAGCCAAUCCAUGCCAUAUUGAAAGAGUUCAAAAGCAUGGCAAUACAGAAUUCCCACAGCAUCACAGUAAGCCUUUGGAAUAUGUACCACAGAUACAUCUUUAUUUGAAGCCCUUAGACUCUGUCAGAAAACAGACCUGCCCCUGAAGGCUUCCCUUCUUUCAAAAUCCUUUUUGAAACACAGCUGUUUUUCACAGCUGUUGAAGUGCUGAGAGGUUUGGUGGUGUUGACUCUGUCAUACCAAAAUACAACCCUCUGUGCAUUUGUAUAUCAUGAGAGCCUCCCCUCAGAGAGUGCCUCUGACAGCUGGUGUAGCACAGCUCCGGGUAUCCGGUAUUCGUAGAAGCUGCCUUGUCUAAGGACCAAACAAGGCCAAGAAGGUCAUAAAAUCAAGCCUCACUCUUGUGUCUUUAAAAAGUUCCUUGCGAGACUGGGGAGCUGCAAAGACAUGGAUUGUGGGUCACGAACCACAAAGCGUACCUGGGUUGGAGCCUCAGACAAGGCUUUUACAGACUGUUUUGUGAGGGUAAUACUGUACCACCCCAUCGGACUAGUUUCCGUUCCACACUGUGUCCUGAUUCAUCCUGCCCUAAUUUUAGCUGCCUAAAAAUUACCAGCAUAGGACUCUUCUGCAAAUCAGAGGAGGUACAGAAGAGGGGAUGCCUCUGGUAGAUUGUAUUACGGCAUCAAUUGCCCUCUCCACUGAUAAAUCCUGCAUGCUUUUAAAGGCCUACAAUUAGGUGGAAUGAAUCCAAGGGUUUAUAUUUACCUUCACGUCCCUAGACACAAAAGUGUAUUUGAGCCUGGUACAGGCAAGAAUAAUGCAUCUCCUAAGAACCUGAGUCUGAGUGGCUUCCAGAUGAGUUUCUGAAUCCUUCAAACACAAGAUUUCUGCCCUAUAGUUGCUAUUUUCUCCAUCUUUGCUUUAUUUUUUAUGAAGAAGUGUAAUUUGAACUAACUUGUUUGAACAUUUCUCGGUUUACACCUGCUUAGAAACCCUCACCUUUAUUUGUUAAGUGGGCUCUCUCUUUGACUGCAAUGAUUCAUUCAUUGAAUGCAACACAUGAAGAAACGAUUGCAUAGAUUAAUCAACACCAGCAAUAGCAUAUGCUGCUUUUAAAUUCAGCUGUGAGGUUGUAACUAAGAUAUUAAUGUUCAUACUUUCUGGAGAUGGCUGAGGAUUCCUUUCCUGAGAGCUUUAAGUAAUGAAUCUAGGAGCUCCUAAUUUAGGAUUGUGAGAAUACAGGUAGCAAUGGCUGUUCAUGGCUUUUUGAGUUUUGAACUUUCAGAAAAUGUAUGCAAUUUCACAUGCUGGUCUGGACAUGAGGAAAGUACCCAGUUUCAGACAGUCCAGAUCUUUGCCAACAGCAUUGCUGUGGAUUAGCAAAGCCCAUUUAUAGCAGGUUCCACCUCAGGCUUGAACCAUACACCUACCUUAUUCUAGUUCAACUUGCUAGCUUUCUUCAUUAACUGCCAGUACAAAAUCAUAACAGCAGUUGUACUAGUUCUUGUUGUGAGCUGAGGAACAGCUGAAGUUUAAAAAUGCGAAUGUUGUAACUUGCACCUUUUCACCUUCAUGAUGUGUCCACAAUUGUCACAGCUGGGCCUGAGAGAGCAGCUGUCUCCAAAGUUGCCAUAUAACUUCAUCACACAAAAGUGGGUGUAAUUUUUUUGUGAGUGUAACAGGAGUGGUAUUGAUACAUUUGCUUUAUUUCGCAAGUUGCAAGUCAUUCACUGUUGAAAAUGGUAUGCAUCAUGCGUAGCUAUUAAUAGAAAAAUUAAGAACUGGUUUUUAUGAUAUGCUAGUACAAUCCCUGCUCUGCUGUUCAGUAUUUUGAGUGCUGAAUUGAACCAGAAUGUUACCUUCACAAAUUAUUUUAGCCUCAUCUCUGCAUGAAAAUGGGUAUGAAAUUCCAGUUAAUGUUUCUAGGUUCUUAGUGAAUUCUGGGCCAAAGGUAAAACAGUUGCAGUGGGUAAGAUUGCUGUGACAGCCACUUACUGACAACUUUUCAGAUGCAUAAAGGCAUUCUGUCAUCUGACACUCUUCCAAUUUUCUCGGUGGAUCACCAUGUUCUUGAAUAUCUUGGUGGUUAUUGUCAGCCAAUGGAGGAAAGGUGGACAAGCUCACCACCCAGGAAGGGUAGAAAUGUAGCAAGUAAUGAGCUAUCUUCUCCAGCAAUCAUUUAUUUUUAGUGCUAACUUUCAGUUAACAUUUGUAUAUUCACUUAUUAUUUUACUGUUCAGUAUCUUGAGGGGGUAUGAGCAAAAAUACGUGAAUAUAUAUAUAUAAUUUACAAGAAAUACAGGCUUGUAUCGUGCCUUUGUAAUUCUAUUCAGCUUCAGUAUCUAUAAGCUACAAGCAGACAAAUUUCUUCCCUCUUUGGGGGUGUUCUUUACUACAUAAUAGCUGAUGGCUUUAUUAAUACUGGCUAUUUGAGUCUUCUGAGGCUAACAUUUAUGUUUUCCCAGGUGAAAAUGCCAUAGUUCAUGCCAUUCUCAUCCGACAUAAGCACACUGACAUAGUGCAUGCUGUCACUUAGCUUCUCUCUACACAUGCUUGCAUGUUGGAAAUUUAGAAAUGCUGCUGUGUAAAUUGCUACCUUACUUACCCAAUACAGGUGUUUUUCUGCAUCCCUUUUUUGCUCAUAACUCCCAUCAACUUUAAAGUUUAAAAUGGCUUGAAAGGGGGUUUUGGAAGCACAAAGGAUGUGGGGAGCAACUCUUCAGUAGUUUACAGUCUGCUGUAAAUUAAUGUCUUCUCAGCAAAGAAAUGUAGCAUUUUAGUGGUAACUUCUUAGUGAAAACACUGAGCGUGCUUAUCACUUGAGAUUUUAAGAAAAAAAAAAAAAGUGUCAGACUGUGUAAUUGUAUCUCAUCUAGUUUUGACACUUAACUAGUAAUAUUCAAUGAGGUAUGAACCUCAGUUUUAGCUACAUGUUCAUGAUAUACCAACCGACGCAGAACUGAAGGGUGAACAGCCAUGUUUUAGUAUCGCAGCUACACAAGAAAUCACAGUUUUCAAAAGGUUCUGUUUUGAUUCUGUUCUUUAUUGCUGAUGCAUUUUCACCACGGAAGUAUUUUUCUAUAUAGUUACCUGAGGCUUCCUUUCACCCACCAAAACAGUCUGUAGCCUUCUGCACUGUGAAAGGCAAGCCCUGUGGAGAAACAUGGGCUUUGCACUUGCCCAGCAAAUUAGCAGAAAUUUCAUCCAAGCCAUAAAAGCCUCUUAUGUUAUUCUGUGUUUAUGUAAUUAAAGCAAUUAGGGAUGGGAGCUUCAGGAGUAAUGAGGUCUCUCUAUCCUCCAUUUUACUCUCUCUCUCUGUACUUCAUAGGGAUUUAAGAGUUCUUUGUUCAAGGCUCAGCUGUGUCUCUCUAAACCAGUGCAGUCUACGUAUCGUGUGAGAUUCAUCUUAUGGAGAUAGCACUGGAGCGUGAAAGAUUUGCUUUUGGUAGCAAGGAGGAAUGCAUGUCCCUGUGGGCAUGCACACUGCAGACAAGUCUGAUACCGAGAAUAAAAAAAAAGUCAAGAUGGUACCAGUACAUCAGACUCUAUACUACAGUGGGGUUUUUAGCUUUUCUCAAUUGUAUUUUAUUUUGCAGGAGGAGUUGGGGAAUCUCAGAUAACAUGGGGAAUUUUAGAAGUAUAUCACUCAACAAUCAUUUUAUAAAGUCUAACUUCAAAAUGCACUAUGAUUUGUUACAAAAAUAUAUUUUCUUCUGUUUGCUGACAUGGUUGUUCCAUUUUGUGAUAAGUUAAACUCAGCAGUUAAUUUGUUGCACUGCCUAGCUGCAUGAAUUCAUCCAGUGUACAUAUGUACCUGUGCAGCAUUACUUUGGGUUUUGUAUUUGAAUUUGCAGUAUUGAUUAUUAUUUUUGUAUUUUACUUUACCUCUGUUAUUGGAAUUGUAGUAAACAUAAUUUAUACAUAUGAUUUUACAACUGUUUUGCAAUUGAAAAGUCUUCUUUAAAUUGUAAAGUUUUAUUGAUGGAUACUCAUUAAAAUGGUAUAAGAAUUAUAUUAACAAUUGUUUUGUGUUUUGAUGCUCUCUGUACAUAAAUAUAUGUCUAUUUAUCUGUUUAAUGGUGCUUGUGUCUUGCAAUUUUGGAUACAUUUUAGAAUAAAGUUUCAUUUUACAA